AUGGCGGACGGGCACUCGUUCAACAGUAUCUCUCUCGGCGGCCGCGGCGGAACUAAUCCAGGACAACUUAAAGUCCAUUCAGGCGGGAUAGUAUGGAAGAAACAAGGAGGUGGCAAGGCUGUUGAAGUUGAUAAAUCUGAUUUGAUGGGGCUUACGUGGAUGAAGGUUCCGAGAUCUAAUCAACUUGGAGUUCGAACCAAAGAUGGCCUUCACUAUAAAUUCACUGGUUUUCGGGAUCAGGAUGUUGCUAGCCUUUCUACAUUUUUCCAGUCUAAUUUUGGGAAAACGCCGGAGGAGAAGCAGCUCUCUGUUAGUGGAAAAAACUGGGGAGAGGUUGAUUUAAAUGGGAAUACACUUACUUUUAUGGUGGGUGGUAAGCAAGCAUUUGAGGUAUCACUAGCUGAUGUUGCACAAACCCAACUUCAAGGAAAAAAUGAUGUAACUUUGGAAUUCCAUGUAGAUGACACAACUGGGGCCAAUGAGAAAGAUUCGUUAAUGGAAAUAAGUUUUCACAUCCCCAAUUCGAACACUCAAUUUGUCGGGGAUGAAAAUCACCCUUCUGCUCAGGUGUUCAGAGAUAAGAUUGUCUCUGUGGCAGAUGUUGGAGCUGGAGGUGAGGAGGCUGUUGUUACUUUUGAUGGAAUUGCCAUACUCACCCCAAGGGGACGAUAUAGCGUUGAACUUCAUCUCUCAUUUUUGCGUCUUCAAGGACAAGCUAAUGACUUCAAAAUUCAGUACAGCAGUGUCGUUCGUGUCUUUUGGCUACCUAAGUCUAAUCAACCUCAUACCUUUGUUAUUGUGACUCUUGACCCGCCAAUUAGGAAAGGUCAAACUUUGUAUCCCCAUAUUGUGAUGCAGUUUGAGACCGAUGCUGUGAUAGACACCGCCUUAUCAAUGAGUGAUGAGCUUUAUAAUACCAGGUACAAGGACAAGCUCCAGCCAGAGCAUAAGGGACUGAUCCAUGAAAUCUUCAUUACAAUCCUGCGUGGUUUGUCUGGUGCUAAAGUUACGAAACCAGGGAAGUUCCGUAGUAGUCAGGAUGGUUACGCCGUGAAAUCAUCUCUUAAAGCUGAAGAUGGAGUUCUUUAUCCACUUGAAAAGAGCUUUUUCUUUUUACCCAAGCCACCCACUCUCAUUCUGCAUGAGGAGAUCGACUAUGUGGAGUUUCAGAGGCAUACUGCUGGGGGUUCGAAUAUGCAUUACUUUGAUCUUCUCAUCAGGCUCAAGACCGAGCAGGAGCACCUUUUCCGAAAUAUUCAGAGAAAUGAAUACCACAAUCUCUUUACGUUUGUCAAAGAGAAAGGUCUGAAGAUUAUGAACUUGAAUUUGGGUGGCCUUCAGACUACCGAAGGAGUUGCGGCUGUUCUCCAGAAUAAUAUCGAUGACCCUGUGGAUUAUCAUCUUGAAAUAAUCAAGAAUGCAGCUAUUGACGCUGAUGAGAGUGAUGAAGAGGAUGAAGAUUUUGUUGCUGAGAAAGACGAUGAAGGCUCCCCGACUGAUGAUUCUGGAGGAGAAUCUAAUGCUAGCGACAGUGGAGAGGAGAAAGAGGCACCUAUGAAAAAGAAAACAAAAAAGGAGCCUUCGACUUCGAAACCAUCAUCGAGCAGGAAAAAGGGCAAAGAUGGUGAGGAUGACGGGUCAAAGAAGAAAAAACCCAAGAAGAAGAAGGAUCCAAACGCGCCAAAGAGGGCAAUUAGUGCCUUUAUGUUCUUUUCCCAAAUCGAAAGAGAGAAUAUAAGGAAGACAAAUCCGGGAAUUUCGUUCACGGACGUGGGGAAAAUGCUUGGCGAGCGUUGGAACAAAAUGACGCCCGAGGAGAAAGCUCCAUAUGAAGCAAAAGCACGAGCGGACAAAAAACGUUAUUCGGAUGAGCUCAGUGACUAUAAUAAGAAUCCACAGAGCGCAAAUGCUGACUCGGCUGAUGAGUCUGACGGUGAUUAA